AAAGAUAUGUAUCUGCACCGCAAAUGAGGUGUAAAUGAGUUUUCUCAUUACUCCUGCCGACCCUUAAUCAUCGAGUAGAAUUAAUCGAUGUUGGUCGAAAGUCCUCCACUGUUUUUCCCCACCACAAGGUAAUCCUGAACGACGCCCGACGGAGAAUCCUCUGAUGCUUCAUUCCUCGCUCGUGCAUUCCACCCGGCUCGGUGCCUCGCAGUGAUCCCUUCUGCUGGUACCUCUUUAAAGUCACCGACACGUCUUCGGCGUCACUACUCCGUGUCCGGCAUCGUCGCAGAUCAGAUCAACCGAUGGUCCAUCCGUGUCUCGACUACGCCCAGCGUAUCCUCCUCUAGUAUCGCGAAAACUAUAAACAUUCUUAAAAUUAUCUCGACAAUCGUUAUCGGGAAUUGCAAGCAAGAUAUUUUCUUUUUUUGCGAGUGUGUUAAUUCAAGGUGAAUCUUGACAACAACGACUCAUAUCUCUAUACGCGUCUAUUGACAAUCUGUCAUUUUAUCGACACAUAUCUCGUCUAUCAAACAUCAUUUACAGUGAUUCGACCAAUUACCUCAAUUAUACGUAACGUUCUACAAUGACAUUCGUUCUUCGUUGAUCUGAUUACGUUUGAUCAGCAUUUUGUGAUCAGUGUUCAGUUUUCAUCGACGCAUUCCUCGGAUUGAUUGAUUGUCGGACCAGUGGAAUCUCACUAUAGAAAACGACGCGGUAUUCAUCUUUUUUGUUGAGAAGGCUGUGACUUAAAACUUGAAAGGUUUAGUGGCAAAAGAUUGCAUCAUGUCACUAACAGAUGCCUUGCUCUCGAUGGUGAGACUGAAUACGUCGUCUUUUGACGACGAAGAGGAACAUUCCUCGGAGGAUACGGAAAAGGACGUAUUAAUUGCUAAAGCCGUUACCAUGGUAGUUUUAUGCAUUGUCAGCACGAUCAUGGGCAUCCUACCGAUGUUUCUGGCUAAGUGGUUAAAGUGGGACAUGAGCGGUCAAAACCCCAGAUCGAUGAAGACGGUGAGUAUUCUACUUGGCUUCGGCGGAGGCGUUCUCUUCAGCACGACGUUCCUUCACUUGAUACCAGAAGUCGCGGAAGGCGUACAGAAUCUUAUUGAGUCUGACGAGCUGCCGCAGCUCAGCUUUUCACUGGCAGACAUGCUUGCAUGCACCGGCUUCUUCAUCAUGUACCUGGUGGAAGAGUCUGUGCAUACGUAUCUCAGGAAGCGACAAAUGACGACGCGGGAUUCCAACAAGAAGGACGUGAAUCUUAGCACGAACGAAUUGGUGGAAAACGGUCAAAUACAGCAGUGCGCUAGUAACGGUCACGCACACACGGGCCACAGCCAUAUACCAGCGAUAAUGACUUCGGAUGAUGACUUCGUGAUAACUUCGCUGCGAGGGUUAUUAAUAGUACUUGGCUUAUCCGUGCACGAGUUAUUCGAGGGAUUGGCGAUUGGUUUAGAGAGCUCCGCCAAUCAUGUCUGGUACAUGUUCCUCGCGGUGGCGUCCCAUAAAUUCGUCAUUGCCUUCUGCAUCGGAGUAGAACUGAUCGCGUCCAGAACCAGGCCGUACCUGUCCGUGAUUUACACAUGUGCAUUCGCCGUGGUGUCGCCGCUGGGGAUUGGCAUCGGGAUGGCUCUCGUUGGCGGCGCAAGCGCGGCCGCGAGUGGACCAAUGGCAGUGAUACUGCAGGGAUUAGCAUCGGGAACUCUGUUGUUCGUGGUAUUCUUCGAGAUCCUGCAAGAACAUCGCACCGGACUCGGACAAUACUUCUCGAUCCUCUUCGGUUUCCUCGUGAUGUUCUGCUUGCAGAUGUUGACUGCCCAUUCCCACUCACAUGAUAGCAGUGGCCACGGACAUUCGCAUGGUGGCCAUGGACACUCGCACGAUUGCCAUGGAAAUUCGCCCAAUCACACGGAAAUAGAAGAGGAACAUGAUCAUGAUCAUGAUCACAAUCACGACGUAGUCACAGGAAUGAUCGACAAAGUAACCGACAGCAUUGCCGAGGUCCUCACCAAUGCCCUCUCGUCCUCGACGACGCCGUCGACGACGGUACAGAGGAAUAAUAUAAACGAGACCAGUCCAUUACAUCCUCAGCGCAGUUAGGGGACCGAUCUUUGGGUUCCCGUAAGUUCCAAGCUUCAUGACUGAAUUCUCUUCAGCAAGAGAUUUCAGCGUAACAAAGAUCUCUCGGGAAACUCGAAGAUCUCGAGAUGGCAACAAUGCCUUUACUCAGGGGACUCUUUUCGUAUUUUUUUAUCAUUUAGCAAAGAAAAUGAAAUAUUAAAAUAGGAGGAAGAUCAGCGUUGACCUGAUUUUUUUAAUGUGUGACUAUACAUCGAUCAGAUGGACCUGUAGAUGGAUAUUUCUGAUGGACAUGGUGCAAAUAACGGGAAACUCACUAUGUUCGAUAAGACGAUGUCUUUCAUUGUCUUUGACUGGAAACGGUGCGACGGGGGGGGGGGAAAAACUUUGCGGAUUUCCGAUCUUUUUGUUGAUUUAUCGCGACAAACAUCUUGAAGAAUUUGUCACUCAAAGUCGCGAUCAGAAAAAAAAGCGUUCCCGCGCCGAUAUAUCGUAUCCGAGUUUAUUUUUUUAGAUUACGUAAUAGAGAAUAAGUUAACCCGUAGUGCAUGAUUAUUUAAGUGCCUUCAAGAUCUAGAUACUCUAGUAUGUAAAGUAUUUAUUGAUAGGAUAUGAAGGCGUUCUCCAGAGUUUAAAUAAUUCUUAAUAGCAAUACAAAAAAAAAGGAUGCUGAGCUUUUCGUUAUGGCGAGAGCCAGUCCAUCAAUUUCCUAAUUAUUCAACGAAUCCAAACAGACUAUGCGCAUUUAUAGUAAGAAUUUUUAAUAAAUUAC